UGAAAUUUCAACCUCCUAUUUGAUCUGUCCUGACCUCAGCAUUGAAUCGGUUUGUUGACUCUAACACUCUUUGGCCUGCUACUGCUACUCCUUAUAUACCGAGGACUACGCUGCGCCAAUCCUGCAUUCCCACCUAGCAAGCGAUCUUUCUCCGCAUACAGAAAUGGGAAAGCUUGAGAAUCAUUGUGGCAAUGGAAAGCAAUCAGUUUUCUUCAUUUGUAUCCUCAUCUCAGUUGGACUGCUGGCUGUGGCGCCAAGGGAUGCGGAAGGGUACAUUGGAGCGUGCGCGAAAGAGCUGAAUCCGGAUAGCUGCAUAGUGCCAGCAUGCCAAGCACAGUGCUUCACGACUCACAAGGGGUGGGGGCACUGUGCACUCUCGUCUCUCGAUGGUAUCUUCCACUGCGUUUGCUACUACCCUUGCACUCACGACCCCUGAUGAUUCUCCUUCUGUUGUAUCUCCUAUCCUAAUCUCUCCUACGAUGGCUGUGUGAACAUCAUCCCACUAAGAAAUAAAUAAAUCAAAUAAUAAAGAUAUGAACUUGGCAGGACUUCCCUUUUGUUUCCUCCUCUUUCACAUGAAUGGUCUUUUGUGAUGAACCUGUUUGUUCUUGACAUAUCAAGAACUGAAAAAAAACUGUAAGAAAACAAAAUGGAAGCCCACAUACAAACUUUGAGAGAUCAAAGGGGCCCGAAAGGCUCGUUCGAAGAGAAGAAGACUGGUUUGUGAUCUUUAACUUGGAUUUGCAGUCUAACUCGGACUUAAUUCCCAAGUUAUUACAAAAGAUUAUUAUCUUGCGGGGGAUGUAAUAUUAUAUAUUCUGCUGUGGGUGGAGAAGUGAAAGCUGAAAUUGGGGGGUGAUUGCAGUUGUAACUACAGCUACAGUAGUUUGUGUCUUUGCACUCCCCCACACCCCAUUUUGUUUGUUUGGAAGUUUGGAACACUGUUGGCUGCAUUUCUGGACUAGCAGACCUUCAUCUCA